UGACAUUCUGUAGGUUUAUCUAUAAAAUGUCUACUCAGAACUAGCUGUUAUUCACUGUUCACUCUGCAGCUGCACGUGUUACCUAAACGUUAUCACGCUUCAGCUAUCAAUAUUUGAUUCGGCUGCUUCAGAGCAUUAUUGGAGGUCUAAGCUAUACGGUCGAACCUCUGACUAUUCGACCUCAACCCCCUCACCGACCAGCCAGCAAGACAGUACGGAGGUACGAACGCCAGAGUCCACCGCUGAUUCAAUGAAGGAGCCCAGUGAACACAGCGACAAAGAACAUCAAGAUAAGGAGAUGGCAGAGACGCCAGAUCAGCCAGAUCAGACGGUCAAGGUCGAACCGACUGAACAGAUGGAUUGCGGCAGUACAAUGGUUUCUGUAGUGGUGCAUAAUAAUGGUAAUAGCCUGAACCAUACGAGGUACAAUCCUGAGAUAGAGCUGUCCACGGAUACUGAGGAUAGUGCGUCAGAAAGUUCGGAGAGGGUAUCAGUACUGAGCAAAGUCGAUGAGUUACUGAAAUCCGUAGACUGUACGAUUCGACAACGAGUCCUCGGCUGCAUAAGACACGUCACACAAGAAGUCAGCCACCUGCAGCACGAAACCCGAACAAAAGACAUGCAGAUAUCAGAGCUAGAAAAGCAGAUCAAGGAGCUGAAAUCCCAAAUGGCAAACGGUACGUCUGAAUCAACUGUUGAGAAUUCGUGUGCGACGGAAGAGGGCAAGUCCAGCGACGACAACGUAGAGAAAAGGGAGAAUGGUUCAAGUGUGAUAGCUGCGGUAGAAGAUCAGAAAGAAUGUGUUAUAAGGAAGGCGGCUCAAUGAUCGGUAAUUGUUACUGCUAAAGGGUGCACGUUUUAAAAUAUAGAGAGGUCGGGGUGUGGUUGUGUUAGAGCGAUGAGCGACAUAUAGAGCUCAAAUGAGUUAGAUUUUUUUUAUAAACAACCUUGCUUUUAUCAAUUUUUAAAAAUUAUUUCUUUUUCUUAAAGUCAACGUCUAGGUCGUGCCACUAAUAAAGUUAUCAAAUCUCCCAAGCAUGCAAGUUGGCUGUCAAUUUACUAAUGCCAUCAAAGAUACAAAACGAGAUCGAAAGCUAAUAGCAGCACUUAAAAACAACGUCUUGCUUUAGUAACACGUCUAAGUUGCUUGAGUGGAAAUUUUGGCACUUUCCGUGAGUUAAUUGCAAAAUAGGUCAAUUCGCGAAUAAAACCAUGACUCUAACCUUCCUCAGGUAUUAAUUAGCAAGUGUACAAAUAUUUACGACUCUCCGUAUUGUGAUUGGGAACUAAAAGAUCAUCACAGGUUGUAGAUUUUUCUGAUUUUUAAGCCUGUAGGUAAUUUGAAGAGUACACUACUUAGAUUUUUUUAUAUUUCUCUGAUAACUAUUAUAACUUGGCCUAUCCCUCGAUUCGGCGUGACGUCGUCUUCUAGGAGAUCCUGCAUAAAAGAGAAGAGAUCAUAUCAUUGUAGAUUUCUAAACUAUUUGACCUAUGAACAUGAAAUUUGAUAAGGAGGUAGUUUAUGGACAGGGCGUUCCAGUUAAGAACGGUUUUUACAACAGGGCCCGAUUCACGGAGCUAAUGGCAAAUAUAUAAAUAUAAUCGCGAAAAUAUACUCAUUUAUCACGAAAUCUGGGAAACUAUUUGAAUUUGGGUAGGGAGGGGCUUAUUUACGGGACAUUUUAGCUAAGAACGGAUUUUAUGCCAGGGCUGGAUAAAGGGAUUAAGUUAGUUCGAAAUUGCUUGGACUUUUCUAAUAUCUAAAAAAUGGCACCAUGAAAGUCUGUUUAGAGAAGACUUAAACUAAGAAGGGAACAGAAAUUGAAGACUCAUUAUAAUUAUGUAUUCAUUUCUUCCAACUUGCAAUGCGGAACGAUAUCCUUAUAUUUACAUAUCGCUUUUCAGAACUUGAGACCUUGUUCUAUAGUAGAUAAUCUAAACAACGUUCAAAAUUAUUUGAAAUCCUUAAAUCACCAUUUCAAUAAUUCUCCCACUCGAAUCACAUUUUUAAUUUUGUAUCUCCAGUUUUAUUUGAAGCGAAAUUCGGAAAAACUGACAACAGGCUCAACAUGCUAACAUGAACACACCUUUGAUUUGAACGAGUGAUCGCUGAAAAACGACAAUAUACGCUUUUUGGAUUUCUAUUGGAUGUAUAGAUUGCUUAACUUGUUGAAUUUCAUGGUUACUUUUUGGCGGAAUUUUUCAACUAGAUGUAAUUCUUUCAAGCAAUAAAUUGCUCGAUUCUCAUUUUUCUAAUGUCUAUAGCAUAAUGAACAUUUUAUUGUCAAGUUCCAAAAGUCGGAGAUCGUGUUAACCGCCCCUCUCUAUUUUAGCUAUGCACUGUUUUCUCACUGAAUACGAAUUAUGUCAGAAUUGGGGGAUGAUGUACAAAUUUUAGACAAAACCUAUAAAAUUACACAGGACAACAAAAAAAAGUAAAAUUGGUAUGUGCUGGGCGUCUUACUAUAUUUUUUCCAUGAGCUUUUUCUCUCUGAACAUGCAUUUGAAGUCAAAUUUGGGGGUGCAUGGAUAAAUAUGAAAGUAUCUUUGAAAUGUUGGUAGAAGCGGAUAUCUGGUAAACAAUGCAUAUACACUACUUGUAUUUUAUACUGAAGCAAUCGCGUAAGAAUGUUCGAUGUUACAAAGAGAAACAUACAAAAAUAGAAAAAAUCAAAGCGAAAUCCAUCACACAGAUCAUUCGCGGACAAACAUAAGUGGAAACGACGAACAAUAAUUAUAAUAUAAAAAAAUUAUUAGAUUACACUUUUUUAUUGUCCGUCGGGCCCAAAUUUUCAUUUCAGAUUUGUGUUCGGCAAGAAAAAUUGCAUGUGAAACGUAUAGUGGAACCCCCAGUACAUACCACCUUUUUAUUUUUUGAUGACCUGUGAUACUCUUCAAGAGAUACAGAUUGGUUUGGAAGGUAGGUUUGUCACCCCACUUGAUUCAGAGUAUAGAGAAUUGAAGAUUUCGUAAAUUGUUACUAUUGAAAGAUGUAUUUUAUGACAAUAAACAAUAUACUAUAGACAUUGCAGAACAUUUCAGAUGCUUCAAAAAUGAGAACAUAAUGCACAUUGUGAACUAUUUUUCUAAUCUACAUGCGAACCUGUUUGAUGAAUAUUGUAUCCACAUUUGAUGAAGUACUUUGAUCCGUUUUUAUAUAAACGGUAAUCUUUUUGUAAAAAUUUUGAGAAUGUAAAUUGUAGAAUUGAUUUUUAUUGGACAGAAUCGGUAAUACUCCACUCAAUGAGUGCUUACGAACGUAUAUGUAAAUAUUUUUAUAACCACGUAUUGGUGAUACCUGCUUAAAAAACAACUUUGAAAUUUGUUUGGGAUAUUAAACUAGUCGUCAAAUGAUAGUAACGUUUUUGUCAAAUUACUGUCAAGUAUAAGAACAUGCAAAUGUUCCCUGUUACAUUCAAAUCGUUUCCAAAACCGAGGGCAAAAAUUCAAGUGUUGAUAGUUUGGACUAUACUAGGACAUCUCAGGAGAAACCUAGUUAAUUUUUUAGAGUAAAAGCUUCGGUUGUAAUUUUUGUACCUAGUCAUUUCGAACGGUUUUGAUUGAUGAAGAAAUUCACAUGCGGAUUAUGGUAAGAAAUAGAUAUUAAGCAGCCUGAAUUUUUGCCCAUUAUCGAGAAACAUCCUGUUUAAUAUAAAUAGUAUGUCACCUUAUCUUGCAGGCAUUUUAUAAACGUCAAUAUGUAAUUUUCCCCAAGUUUUGAUGACUAGUUUAUCAAGACUUAUAGCUGUUAGUACAUUGUGAUAUACAUACCUUACACAUUGUUUUUAUACACGAUUACCUGCCAGAAGACGUUCAUUUUGUAGAACGUUGUCAAUUAUACAGGACAGAAAGACGAUUGCUUCAAAAAUUGCUGAUAAGAACCUAUUUCAAGUAAUAUCGAACUCGCAUUUUAGUAAUAUCAAGAAUUUUUGUUUGCGUAAAACUAUAUAGCAAUAAUACACAUAUUCAGCAAUCUCUUUACAAACUUUUACAUUUUUAUGAAAACUUCUUAUAAGCAAUAGAAGUUGAAGUUAUCAAGGUUUGAUAUGCUCCUAAUAUCGCCUCAGUUUUUCAUUGUUCAAAUUGAUAAGAUAAUUUGAGCCUUUCUUGGGGAAUUUUUGAAAAAAAAGUGUUUAUUGUAACAUCUGAAACUCAUGUGAUUGUCUGGCUGAUGAAUCUCAAUAUUUCAGUGGCCGCCAGGUGAGGACUUGAAAUAUUGACUAACGUUUCGGUCACUAUGGUGAUCUUUCUCAGUAACAAUGACAAUAUGGGAGACUAGCGAGUAAAAACAAGCCAACUGAUGGUUAAGGUCCAGAUGGCCGAACGUCAGUAAAUUUUUCAAUCCUGCAUCUGUGGUUUGGCGGCCAGUGAAACGAGGAGAUUUGUUCCUCCAACCUCUCAUUCAUGAUGCCACCACUUUCUAGGUGUGCUAAACCAACUCUGCAAACUUAUGCUUCACAUUCCAACUUUGUCAUUUUCUGUAUGUGUAUACACGCAGCUUGAUUAUGCAAAAACCUUUCCUUGCCAAACCGAAACAUCAUUUCUGUCCCUGAUCGUAAAUAUUCCAAGGUGAUAUAAAGGAGCUCGAAAAUCUCCAUUUUUGUCCUGUGUUGUCUCCAGGACUGGCUUGUAAUUUUUUCUUCUUUUAUUGUUUCGGUAGUCCGACUUUGAAAUUGGAGGGAAUUAUGUACAUUUUUUUGUAUCAUAUGAAAAGGAAUGAAUAAACAGAUGGACGUAUUCUAUAUUAUACAAAGUAGCCUUAGUCGUGCUAUAUUUUAAUGGGCGCUUGUGUACAUUUUGCAAAAUCUUGUCUACAGGUUGUUUCAAUAGUAAGAUAACAUACUUAAGUUGGCGAUUAUUGGGUUCAUUUUAAGAAAAAACCUAAUUGUGAACGUAUGUCCACUCAUCUUAAAUUUUGGGAUAUUAGGAAAUUGAUUUUAAGGGAACCAUUGCACGCCACUGCUUUUUCUAGUAACAAACAUUUUUAUAAUAUCACUAUAAUUCGCUAGAAAUAAAGGCAAGGCAUAUUUGCUCAGAAGUCAAUAAUAUAUAUUAUUCAUAUUUUUUGUUACGUGAAAAUUCAGUGACGGUUAAAUUAUUCAGCUCCAAUCCCGCACAAACCCCACUGGAAAAUAUAAAAUAAAUGAAAUUGUAGAUCAUAAAAAUAUUUUUUUAAAGCUUCACCACCCUGUUUCUCAAAAGUCAAGACGUACAGGGCACACGUUCAUAGUUUUUUUGUUUAAAGCGGACCCAAUAAUCAAAAAUAUUUUAAAUUACCCUUGGAACACCCUGUAUUUGUAUGAUAUAUGGACAAAUUGAUGCGGAUUCGAAAAGAGUGUAGUUUGUUAGAUUUCUUCUCAGAAUCGUUCUUGUUAUGAUUGUUUUAAUUUAUCAUUAUUAAAUAUUGUUACUCGGUAAUAUUUUUUAUGAAUUUAAAAGUACAAAAUGUGGUGCAAAGCACUGUUAUAUAUAAAUAUUUUAAGUAUGUAUUAUAUAUUCUCGUAUAUAAGAUAGUAACCAUUUUCUUUUGAACCUGAUCGUUUUGUUAUAGUCCAAUCAUUUGAGAGUCUUUUCUGGAACGUUUUCCGCGAAUUUUGUAAAUUAGUACCUUUAUAUGUUUGAGGAAAUGUUCACUUUGCUGGCUCAUAUCUUCAUCGCUUGUAUCGCCAUCUUAAUAAAAUGGUGUUUUGCAUAUACACAUUGUUAUAAAGUAUCUAGCCAAACUUCAAGGGUGAUCUAAGAUACGCAAAACAAUGCUAAAUAUAUAAAUUUUAAUUGUAGGAGCCUGUUUGACUGACUUGAUUCGUAGCUAACUUUUUCCUCAGAAAGGCUAACUUGUGCUGAACAUAAACCUUUACGAACUGAACGAAACAUUUUUUUCGAAAAAAUCUUCAUAGUCCUUAAGACAAUUUUGUUAAAAUUUGAUAGCACUAUAUAUAAGAGUCAUUUCGCAACAUGGUAAAAGAAGCAUCACUUUACAAGGUAGCAAAGCAAAACUUUGAAAAAACUAGAAAUGCUGAUUUUAAAAACUAACGAAGAACAUUCCAAGCAACCUUUCUGACGGCCAAAUGUCUGGACUAUUUGGUUUCUUAUUCAAGGAUGUGAUUGAACAUAGGAUAUAGCUUUUUCUUUUUGUACAGUCCGUGAUUGCAUUUUUAACGGUGACCAAAUGAUAUGAAAUUUGAACUCAGGUAUUAAGAAACACAAUCAAAUAUUUUGUAUAUAGCAUUAAAAAAUGGAAAAUUAAUGAAAAAAUCAUGCGCUCUCCGUAUAUGACGCAUAUCACAGUUUCUUAUAAACAGUUGUGUUAAAAAUGCAAUAGUGUUAAAUGUAAAGGCCCAUUCUCCCAGUCUGAUGUAGUGAGUAUAUUGAUGAUUUUUAUAAGACAAACAGUUUAAUAUAUUAUCCAUAUUUGUAUUCAAACUGUAGAAAGACUUUAUGAUUUAUCAGAACUUUGACAUAUGGAACAACCUCAAACUUCCUCCAUUGACAUCGGAUACGUUUGACCUUGACCUUAGGUCUAACUGACUGAAGGCAAGGUCAAACAUGUUGAUAUAACUUGACAUCUUCUAACUUUUUUACCUGUCCACAGAAAAAAAUAUUUUAUACAAUAGUUGUAUGGUCUAAUAUAAAGUUUUUCAAUAUGUAUUUUAUAUACAGGGUGACUCAGAAAAGUGCUACCGAAUAAAGUUGUGUUUUUUCAAAUGGAACAGAUUGAUAGUCGCUUUUUUCUGAUUCCAAAUAUAUAUGAUUUGUUAUAGAGUUUUACUAGUUUGGUCAAAAACUUUAAAUUUCGUGUGUCAUUUAUUCAUGUAUAUCCGGGUACAAGCUAAUUUGGAUCUAGCUACAAUAUGCAUACUGGCAUUUAAGUUUUUGACUGAACUAACGAAAAGAAGUAUAUAAACCAUAUUUAUUUGGAAUCGGAAAAAAACGAUCAUUUCCACUAAAAAUAUACAGGGUGUUCCAUUCGAGAAGUACCACUCUAUUCGAUAGCCCUUUUUUGGACAUUAUGUACACAAAAAAGGUAUUGCCAGAAAGGCCUUAUAUUAGACUACAACUACAACUUUUUUCAUGCAAAAAAGUUAAGAGGUUGUCAAUUUAUCCCAGGGACAAUUUCAUGAGGCGUAGGUCAAAUUGAAAUACGUCCAAGAUCAAUUCAACGUUGUCCUCAAAGUUCUGCACAACAUAAAAGUCCAACUACUUCAAUUUAUCGUUUUCAGCUUGCUAAUUUUUAUUUCUGUGUGAUACUUUUUCGGAAUUUCAGUUUUGGAUGGAAUAUUUUCUACAUGUCCAUCAAUUGGAAUUUUUGUGAUAAGAUUGUCGAACCGUUUUAUACUCAAAGGAAAUACAUUUUUGUGUGCUAUUGGAAAACACGUAAGAAGCACUGUUAAUAUACUGUGGACAGAUUCAUUUUAGCUUUUAAGCCUUCGAGCAUAUAUAAGAGGUUGUCAAUUUAUCCCAGGGACAAUUUCAUGAGGCGUAGGUCAAAUUGAAAUACGUUCAAGAUCAAUUCAACGUUGUCCUCAAAGUUCUGCACAACAUAAAAGUCCAACUACUUCAAUUUAUCGUUUUCAGCUUGCUAAUUUUUAUUUCUGUGUGAUACUUUUUCGGAAUUUCAGUUUUGGAUGGAAUAUUUUCUACAUGUCCAUCAAUUGGAAUUUUUGUGAUAAGAUUGUCGAACCGUUUUAUACUCAAAGGAAAUACAUUUUUGUGUGCUAUUGGAAAACACGUAAGAAGCACUGUUAAUAUACUGUGGACAGAUUCAUUUUAGCUUUUAAGCCUUCGAGCAUAUAUAAAAAUAUUCCAACAAUACACCAUUCCGAGAACGUGGUAUAAAGUAAUUCGCGAUCUUUGGAAAUACGAAUUUAAAUGUAAAACUUGCUCCGUGCACCGCCGUUUACAACAUCAUGGAACGGUAAAUCGACGCGUUCUGUAUUAGGUGUUCGCCCUCGUGCAGUUUUGUACUACGUUAAAAAAUAAUCAACUCCGAAAACAUUCAAAAAAUUAAGUUUACGCUCUCAAAUUUUCAACUUUCACUUGUUCCUGCACCCGAAACCAUUUAAGGUGUUCUAUCACUGACAUAAUAGUAGCUUGAUGUCAAAUUGUGUUAUAACCCGAGCAGGUAAUAUUGAACUAGGAAUGGAGAACCUCGUAGUAUUUUCGCUGAAAUAAUAUUUAGACCCGACUCAAAACAGUCAGCCCUGAAAACACAGCCAGAGACUGUGUCGCAUCGGUAGCUGGGAAAUUAUUGGUGCUCUAUGUGCUGUCGCAGUAAAACCCUAGAAAAUUUCGUUUUUAUCUGAUAAGCAACAAUGUAUUUCCUUAAGGUGGCUUUACCCAUUUAUCCUCUCUCAGUAUUUUGAACAGUUCAAUCUUACCUUAAAACAUUGCGGCAGCUUUGAGUAAAUUAACAGAAAGAAAAUUGUACAAAAAUUUGUCGUUUUUUAGUGUGGCAUUCCAGAACCGUUCCGUUUAUUUUUGUGUCUUGACAAAAUUCAAAAUUGUUCCUAAAUGUGUAUAAUAAACUUUGAACUGCCAGUUUGCAAGCUGAUUAGCAAUAUUUUAUCGAAUGGUUUUGAAACGCCCGCUAUCCGAAAAAAAACUGAUUGUUAAAUUUGUUAUUGGAUUAUAUAUUUUGUGAUCUCAAAAUAUGUAAGAAUGCUGUUGAAUGUAGGUUUAAGCUAGAUAGGAUUGCGUGUGUUAAACUUUAGCUAUUAUUAAUGUACACAAAUUAUUUCAUAAAUAUAUAUUUCUGAACUUUAUGUGUCAACAGAUAAAAUGCAUUAAUUUAUAAAUAAAG